CUAACUGCCAAAGCAGGGGGCGUGGGGAUUUGGGGAGGAGAGAGAAAGAGAGUUAUGGAGGAACCGAGUUGGGCCUAUGAGUAGUAGCGGAGUACUACUCAAUCGGAGAUUCUCCCUUUUCCGAUUUUAAUGCAAACAAAUCUCCCUUUUACGCUGAUCGAAUCAAUGGCCCUUUCCCUGUCUCGUCUCUGGUGGGGUGGAAAGCAGAAAAAAGAGUCAACACCUAAAGGGUCUUCUGUAAAUACCUUGCCGGAUUGUGGGCCCGGGCAACCGGAGAGUUUGGAGCUCCGGCGGGGGAGGGGGAAACGGGUCAGUGUGGAAGAAAGGAGGAGGGUUGAUAAGGAGUACGACAUGGUAUUGGUCCGAUCCGACGAUGUUUGUUUGUCGGGAUCGGAAUCCGAUGAGUCGGACUGGUCGAUUGGGUGGCUGGAACCGCACAAUCCGGAUUUCUAUGAUGAUGAUGAGGAAGAAAAAGAAGAGGACAAUACUUUUGCUGUGUUGGUUCCUUGCUAUAGGUUUGACCGCAGGGAAUUAGGCCAUGAUGAUCCAAGCAAUCACUUCUUCAGGGCCAUUAAGACAAUUGCCAAUGAGUCUUCCCUUGAGGGCAAGAAACACAUGAUGGAGCAGUGGCUUCCCUCACAUGAAAAUUUUUUAAGCCAUUGAUUAUUUCUCUUCACUAUUUAGUAUUUAUUUAAUGCAACUUUUUCUGUUUCCAUCAAUCGGGAAAAAAAACCAAGAAAAAGAUUGUGAGAAGGUUGACCCUGAGUGAUGUUUAGAUUUCAGGGGUUAGCUAUUGGAGGAAAGGGCACAGCAUUGUUAAUUACUGCUUUCAAAUUUUAGUGUGUACAUAUUCCUCAUGUGAAUAAGUGUGAAAACAUCAAAUCGGGCAAACCAAUUAUCCCAAAAGCACAAUGCUCCUUCCCAGCAUGAACCAGUCUGUGUUUUUUUGUUUAAAACAGAGAGAUGUAGUGCAGUUAUGAUCCCGAAUUUAACUCUAAGGGUCCGUU